UCAAAACACAAGAAAUGGCCAUCCAACAAAUUACGCAUGCGCAGUAGCGGGCGCUUUAAAACAAGUCUGGAGGAGGGAACAUGAAGGCAGUUUGCAGGUGGACUUGAAUUACAGUCGAGGACAGCAGCUCUAAUGGGAGGAAGCUGUGGUUGAAAUGCACCGCCGAGGCGCUGCAGGAUGAACAGCCGUUGUGUUCGCCAUGACUCUGAGGUCCACACUGUUUCCAAAUACAGGAUUCAAGCAGGACGCUGACACCAACGACUUUGACAAAACGCAUUUCGGGCCCGCCACCGUGAGCCCCGUGAGCAUCAAGAGGGAGUCCUGCGACUUUGUUAUAGAUGUUCAAAACGCACACGGGGGCGAGAUCCCGAGCAAAUCACAGGACUUAGGCCAGAAUUACAUGACAAGCAAAGUUUCCCUCGCGGCCACAGUUGCAGAAGACAAUAAAACUGUGGGGAUAUUGUCCCCUGUCAGACAAAUGGGGGGUGAGGGAACCCCAGUGAAAGGUAAACCUCUCUCUGCUGACAACAUGGAUAACCCUCAGAUGGCUCUAAACAAUAACCCCAAGGAUGGAGUUGCGGAUGACAGUGCAAAGGGGGUUGUCCCGGGAGUCCUGGGCACAGCAUCCAUUGAACUCUCCUCUGAGGGCAAGUGGAGGAACAUCAGGAAGACCCCCGCAAAUCCCCACACACAGGCCAACUGCCUCCGGCAGAUUCUCCUCCUCCAAUUGGACCUUAUUGAACAACAGCAACAACAGCUGCAGUCCAAGGAUAAGGAGAUAGAUGAGCUCAAAUCAGACAAGGAGACACUGCUUGCACGUAUUGAGCGCAUGGAGCGUCGCUUGCAGCUCACAAAGAAGGACCCACCGCGUGACAAGCGCCUUUUCCAGCCCCUGGAGCCAUGGACCCCUGACAAGGAGGACAUGUGGGAUCUGGAAGUAGAGGAGAGUCCACAGCCCAACACAGCCACUCCACUCGCCUUUAGUCGGGGUGGCAAAGGUCAAAAGAGGAAAUCUUGCUUUGGAGAUGCAAAAGUCCAGAAAUCCCGGGGCAAAAGUGCCAAGCUCAGUCCCCAAAAGCCCGAGAUUCAGCCGGGCUCUCCCAAUCAGAGAGAGCUGCGCAGUAAAGAAACCCCAGAGAAGACCCUUCCCAUGAGGUCGGGGCCAGAAAGGGACCUCAUGCUCCCGUGCAAAGAGGAGCCCGGGCUGAACUGUCAGAUCGAAGACCUGCCGUUCAUGUCUACUACAGAGAUGUACCUCUGUUGCUGGAACCAACCUCCUCUGUCUCCUCUGCGUGAGACUUCCUCUAAAAAGGAAGAAGAGGUGGCCAGUGAGUGGACUCCUCAUGUAGUACAUGAUAUGCUGAUUGUUUUUCCAUCGUGGAGGGAAAAUCACAUAGAGCCUUUGGAAGAGGACUACUCCUUUAUUCCCUCUGAGCCGCUGGAUGACAAUGUGUUUUUAAAACGCCACGCGAAGCUGGAGUUGGAUGAGAAGAGGAGGAAAAGGUGGGACAUCCAGCGAAUCAGAGAGCAGCGCAUGUUUCAGCGUUUGCAGCAGCGCAUGAACAGGAAGAAAGUCGUCCCUGAGACUGAGCCGGAGCUCUCGUCCUUCUAUCCCGACACUGAAGAUGUUGAAACUAUAGUGAUCACGCCCUUCUUGCCUGUUGUUGCAUUUGGCCGGCCGUUGCCCAAACUCUCACAACAGAACUUCGAGCUGCCUUGGCUGGAUGAGCGAAGCCGAUGUCGCAUCGAGGUGUCAAAAAAACAGACCCCUCACCGGACCUGUCGGAAGUGAAGCCCUGUUGUGUGUGUGUGUGUCAACAGCGGAGAGAUGCCACUCUAUGCCCAGAUUAGAAAAUGCUAUAUUUGUCUUGCCCGGGGGAGGGAAGACAAGUCACCAGUCCCUGUGUGUAACUGCUGUUGCUUUCCGUCUGAAUUCUCAACGUGUCUCCGCUGACCAGGGUGGGAUCAUAGCUGCGCCUCUGGGUGUCAGUGGUAUUUUUGGUCUCAUUUACACUUCUGAAAAGGAGAUUAAAAUGCCUGAUGCCCUGGGAUUACAAUCUGCGUUAGCAGAUAUUUGUCUGAAGUGUAUGAUCAGUUAGGUGCAUGUUCUGUAACAUGUUUAAAUACAUUUUGUAGCAUCGAAAAUUGAUUUAAUCACACAAAAGUGGAGUUUCGCUCACGUGUUAUGCACAGUCCGCUGUAGUGGAAGCUAAUCUUGAGCGCAUUCAUGUGGGGGGGGGGGGGGGGCACAGAAAACAUUGGUUGCCAUUUUGAUUGAAAAAGUAGUCGUUAACAAUAAGGCAACAACUUUUCGUUCUGGGUUGUUCUGCCACACUGCUUCUCCCAGCCUGUGUGGAAAAAAUAGAAGUCAAAAUCGGACUGUAUCGUGCUGUGUGUUGCAUAUAUUGUUGUUCGCGGACAACUUCAAAUAACAUUUUAUCAAUGUUCAGUGUGCUGUCAGGAGGUCCGAUCCACACUCAGCAUGAUUACAUAUUUAACUUACAACUUACAGUUCUUGCCAAUCUAAUGUAGUAAAAAAUGAACAUUCAGCAACCAAAUCAUUGUUCUGUGUUCCUGGUUUGCUUUAUGAAAACAACACGGAUCAUUGGGAGUGAAACCCAGUGCUCUGUUCCCUGUUUUGUUUCUAUUAGUUUUUUUGUGUGAGUUGCAUGGACUAUAUUUAGUUUUUUUUUU